AGUAUCGAAGGCAGUGCAACGCGCCAUUUUGAAAAGACCGGCGUUCGCGUAAACAAAACGUUAGUGUUGGUAGCUUGGGCGGAUUUGUAAUCCAUCGCAAUCAUGAAGUUAGUCAGAUUUUUGAUGAAACUAAGUCACGAAACAGUGACGAUAGAGCUGAAGAAUGGUACUCAAGUCCACGGCACGAUAACUGGUGUUGAUGUGGCCAUGAACACUCACCUUAAAGCUGUCAAGAUGACAAUGAAAAACCGUGAACCAGUGCAGCUCGAUAGUUUGAGCAUCCGAGGCAACAACAUUCGAUAUUACCUCUUGCCAGACAGCCUGCCGUUGGAAACACUCCUCAUCGAUGACACACCCAAAGCCAAAGCUAAGAAGAAGGAGGCUGCCACUAUGGGCCGUGGCCGUGGAAGGGGCAGAGGCCGUGGUCGAGGACGAGGUGGUGCCAGGGGUCGAGGACGACGGUAGACAUUAUGGCAGCCAUGCAGGUGGGCAAGCAGACGUCAUUCGAAGAGUGCGGCAUCAGUUGUGGGAGCUUUUUGGGAAGUUAUUGCAAUUAGGAAGAGCAACAAGUUCCUUUUUUUUUUUCCUCGCUCAUUCUACUGGCCUCAUCAUUACUGUUCUUUUGAUUCAACCAUCAUUCAUGCCAACUUUUGCCAUUAGCCCUAGCUAUCAAAUGUUUAAACAUUGUGACUCUAGCAAGAAAUCAUAUGUUUUCAUACACGGAAGCUGAACCCUAAGAUAAACUUACUUCCUGUAGCUGCAUAUUGCAUACAUAAUCCAACUAAAAUAGUUGCUCUUCCUGAAAGCAUUGGCAUGUGGCUUCCUUUUGCUGGGUGUGCACCCAUAUCAUAACAUCAAUUUAAUAAUGCUGCACUGGACUCUGAAAGAUUUGUUUUCAAUUUUUACAUUUGGGACAUCAUACACUCACAUUGUGUAUAUAUAUGCAAACUGUCGUAUUUUGUCAUCUGACAGAUGUUUGUUUAGUUUUUGUUCAUUAGCUGUGAAAUAAAAUGUACGGCU